AUGGCAGAAGGAUGCGAUGAUGCUUCUGAGGAGUGUCUGUCAGGCAAUGGUAGCAAUUACAGAGGAUCUGUUUCCAAAACAGUUAAUGGCCACCAGUGUCUUAAUUGGAACAGGUUCCCAAACCCCUGGGGGGCCAAAUCUGGAAUCGGGAAUCAUAGAUACUGCAGGAAUCCUGACCAAAGCUUCAGGCCAUGGUGUCGCAUUAAAAGAGGAAGGAGAAUCGUCAGAGAAGUCUGUUACAUUCCUAAGUGUUCCACAACUGUAAAGCCUCCUGUUGCUGUAGAUACAGAACUGACAUGCGGUGAGAAGUCUGAGAAAAGGAUGCACAAGAUCAUAGGUGGUUCGUUUGUAGCAGCGCGGUCGCAGCCGUGGUUUGCUGCCAUUUUUCGUCACAAGUUCCUUUGCGGUGGCUCUCUCAUUGCCCCGUGCUGGGUGCUCACAGCUGCACAUUGCUUUGAUGGUCAAGAAAUCAACCUCCGACGUCUGACUGUGUUCCUUGGGAAGAGCACCAUCAAUGAAACAGAUGCUGUCAAUGAGCAGAAAUUCACAGUGGAGAAACUGAUUCUUCACCAAGCAUACAAUGGGAUAGACGGCGAGAACUACAACAAUGACAUAGCUCUGUUGAAGAUUAAAAGCAGCGAUGGCAGAUGCGCCGUGCGAUCAGAAUCUGUUCGGACCGUUUGUCUUCCGCCACCUCACAUUCGACUUCCUGAUGGUUCUCAGUGCAUCAUCACAGGAUUUGGCAAGGAAAAUAACAAUACAGGGGGGCCGCUACACUCUCAGUUCUUGAAGGAGGCCCGUGUGAAUCUCCUCUCUCAGACUCGCUGCAAAAAGUACUCAGAGUACGCAGGUAUUCUCACAGACAACAUGUUCUGUGCCGCGGUACCCGACUGGAGUGUGGAUGCAUGCGAGGGCGACUCUGGUGGGCCACUAGUGUGUGAGGCGUCUGGUCGGCUGUUUCAAUUUGGUAUCGUGAGCUGGGGCAUCGGCUGCGCUCAGGAGAACAAUCCUGGGGUUUACACGCAACUCACCAACUACAACAAAUGGAUUGCAAAGAACACAGGACUACCGCAGUAUACAAAUGGAAUCAUGUACACCCCAAAAUGA